AUGGGAAAGACUAGAGAUCUCUUCAAGAAAAUCAGAGAUACCAAGGGAACACUUCAUGCAAAGAUGGGCUCAAUAAAGAACAGAAAUGGUAUGGACCUAACAGAAGCAGAAGAUAUUAAGAAGAGGUGGCAAGAAUACACAGAAGAACUGUACAAAAAAGAUCUUCAUGACCCAGAUAAUCACGGUGGUGUGAUCACUCACCUAGAGCCAGACAUCCUGGAAUGUGAAGUUAAGUGGGCCUUAGGAAGCAUCACCAUGAACAAAGCUAGUGGAGGUGAUGGAAUUCCAGUUGAGCUAUUUCAAAUCCUGAAAGAUGAUGCUGUGAAAGUGUUGCACUCAAUAUGCCAGCACAUUUGGAAAACUCAGCAGUGGCCACAGGACUGGAAAAGGUCAGUUUUCAUUCCAAUCUCAAAGAAAGGCAAUGCCAAAGAAUGCUCAAACUACCAUACAAUUGCACUCAUCUCACAUGCCAGCAAAGUAAUGCUCAAAAUUCUCCAAGCCAGGCUUCAGCAAUACGUGAACCGUGAACUUCCAGAUGUUCAAGCUGGUUUUAGAAAAGGCAGAAGAACCAGAGAUCAAAUUACCAACAUCCGCUGGAUCAUUGAAAAAGCAAGAGAGUUUCAGGAAAACAUCUAUUUCUGCUUUAUUGACUAUGCCAAAGCCUUUGAUUGUGUGGAUCAC